UGCACGAUAGAAAUGUUUAUUGUUACAAAUUUUUAAGAUUGUUACUAUAACUAGAUACUCUAGACUAGAUAGUAAAUAGUUUUAGUAUUAUAUUAAGACUAACAAUGACGCAGCAGCUAAUAAAUGAGAAUAGCAAAUACAUUUUAGAUUUAUUUUCGGAACAAACAGUGGAUCAACAGAGCUUGGACUCAAUAUGUGCUCAAGUACAAAAGCGGUUCCCAAAAAUAGAGCAUUUUAACUUAUGUCUCCUCCUAUCAUCCCUGAUCACGGGCGGGGACCUGUCCCUCCCCGGCCAGCGUGUAGUCGCCCUAGCCCUGCUCUAUGAUAUAUACAAAGUGGAGAGCCCGUUCAGCCCGCUGUUCCUGCAUUUGCUGGAGUCGAAGCCUGGCCUGACGCCGCUCAGUCCGCAGGAGAGGCUCUUUGUUGGACAACUACAUGGGUUCACUAGCGGGAAUGUCAGAGAUGUUAUGAAGAAGACGGCAAAGCAAGUAAUAAUGACAGAAGUAAACGUCAAAGACCUGGAGUUCGACCUGUCGCCGCUCCAGUCGCUUGUGGCGGAGCGGUUAGCGGACAUCAGCUCUACGGCGAGGGCGUCCGCGCCCGCCCUCAUUCCGCUAUCAGACGGUAGCCCUCCAAACCGGAUAGCAAUGAAGGAGCUGAUCGAAGCCCUAAUGGCGACGGAGUAUCUGCCUCUCCACGGGACCCUGCAGGCCAGGGGACCCAUCCCGCCGCCUGCUUUCCUGCUCGACGAGAUACCCUUCUCUGAUGAGGUAGUAUGGAAGAAUCUGGUGAACCGCGGCGCACACAUACCUAUGUUCGACAGUGCCCAAGACGGGCUGAUAGGCCUGCGACCCGCUAAGGCCAAAGACCAGCCCAAGCCUAAGCAAGAAGAAAAGAAAGAAAAACCAGAAGAGAAAAGAGACGACGGUAAAGAAAGCCCUGUCUCUGAAGCCAAACAGCUGACACAGAUGGCGCUCCGCGGCGCGCUCAGUGUGUCCCAGCAACAACGACUGCUGGCCUUAUUAGACCACGAACCUAACGUCGUUUAUGAGAUAGGAGUCACGCCUUACCAGUUACCAGAGCUAGUGGAAAACAACCCGAUGGUGGCCAUCUCCGUGCUGCUAAAGCUGAUCAACUCGCAACAGAUCACCGAGUACUUCAGCGUACUUGUCAACAUGGAAAUGUCACUACACUCCAUGGAAGUUGUUAAUAGAUUAACAACAUCAGUAGACUUACCAGUCGAAUUCGUGCACCUCUACAUAAGCAACUGCAUAUCAACGUGUGAAACUAUACGCGACCGGUACAUGCAAAACCGACUGGUACGACUGGUAUGCGUGUUCCUGCAGUCGCUUAUACGGAAUAAGAUUAUUAAUGUUAAGGAGUUGUUCAUCGAAGUGGAAGCGUUCUGCGUGGAGUUCAGUCGCAUCCGCGAGGCGGCAGCACUGUUCCGGUUACUAAAGCAACUAGACUCUGGCGACGCUGCGCAUAAGGACGCCAAGGAGACUUAGACCUUAUGCUACGGUGUUAGGA